AGGACGUAUGCUGCGGGGAUUAUUAUGAAGCACUCACUGCCUCUUCCCCUAUAAAUCGCUGGCCGUUGCCGCUUUGCUUCACCGCAACGAAAUCCCCCUCGACAGGAAGAACAAUGCCAGCUGCCCGGCAACACCUGUUCCUUGUCUGCCUCCUCCUCCCUAUCUCCUUAUCCUAUGAAAUCCAGCUGAUACUGGUGAACAACUGCAACUACAGCGUGUGGCCUGGAGUGCUCGGCAGCGCCGGUCAUGCAACACCAGAGGACGGCGGCUUCCACCUCGGCCUCGGCGAGGAGGCGGUCUUCGACGUGCCGAGCUGGUGGUCGGGGCGGGUCUGGGGCAGGCAGGGCUGCGGUUUCGACGGCCAAGGGAAAGGGAGCUGCGACAGCGGCGACUGCGGCGGGAUGCUGCAGUGCAAGGGCGCCGGAGGAGCGCCACCGGCGACGGUGGUGGAGAUGACCUUCGGCACCGACCGGUCACCUCUCCACUUCUACGACGUGAGCCUGGUCGACGGCUUCAACCUCCCCGUCACCAUGGCCCCGGUCGGGGGAGGUGUUGGCUGCGGCGUGGCCGGGUGCGAGGUGGACUUGAACGUCUGCUGCCCUUCCAAGCUCGAGGUGAAGCAGAACGGGAAGGUGGUGGGGUGCAAGAGCGCGUGCUUGGCGCUGAAGGCGGACAAGUACUGCUGCACCGGGGACUACGGCUCGCCCAAGAUCUGCAAACCCACCCUCUUCUCCCAUCUCUUCAAGUCCAUUUGCCCUCGUGCUUACAGCUUCGCCUUCGACGACUCUUCCAGCCUGAACAUAUGCAGGGCAUCGAGAUACCUCAUCACCUUCUGCCCUCCUGCAAGAUAGACAGACAGACAGACACAAAGAGAGAGAGAGAGAGAGAGAUGCAUGUGUUCUGUGAAAUGUAAGCAGGACCUUCAUAUGUUAUUUAGCCGUUACUGCUCUACUGGUAGAUGUAUCUUCAGCA